AUGGUCACCAUCACCAAGCCAGUACAAAACCCGCCAUUCUCCCUCUCGAAAGAGCCCGUAUGCGAUAAAGCCCCAUUCCGACCAGUUUCAAUAGACGGAUCCUUCCUUAUGAACGACGAUCCGGACGUCAGAGCACGAUCUGCGUACGAAGUCGACCCCGGCCGCUGCAACUGUGGCGACGCCGCCGGGGCAGCCGGGGCAGCACUUGUCGGUGGAGUCGCAGGCGCAGCAAUCGCGCCUCCAGCCGCUGUAGGUAUACUCGGUGGCCUCGGGUUUGGCGGAGGCGGGGUAGUCGCAGGAUCCUGGGCGGCCGCGAUCCAAUCCGGCAUCGGGAGCGUGGCAGCGGGCUCACCCUUCGCGGUCGCGCAAUCCGUCGGGGCCGGCGCGGCGCUGCCGUUCAUCGGAUUCGCAGGUGCCGCCGUUAUAGGCGCUGCCGCGGUGGGCGGUGGGUACGUGGCGCUCAAGAAGCUCGCUGGUGGCAAGAAGGAAGAGAAGAAGCUCGGGCGCUUGCAACUCGAUUACCUCAGCGGCUGGUUCAACCGCCAUGCGGAUAACCCAAUCCCAACGGACAGGGAGAUGAUUGAGCUCAUCUGUGAGACGGGCCUCAGCGAGGAAGAUAUCCUGGACUGGCUUAUUCAGGCUCAUCGUCGCAGAAUUGCGAUGCGGGACGGCACCAUCUGCGAUAAAUGUGGCGGUAUCAAAGACCGAGUUGAGAUGUAG